CACUUCAUCAUUUGUUUCCUUAUAGAAUCAUAGCUGCAUGAAGGGUUCUGGAGGAAUUUUCUAAAGUUACGGAAUUACUGCUGUCUGUUCAGAAAUAAAUUAAAUCAUUCAGAAUAGCCUAAUACGUCAUGAGAAGCCCUAUAAUUUAGCUACAGAGGACCAAUAGCUUCUUUUUUUAAAUAGCCUAGCUGCGGAUUGUAGCCCAAUAACAAAGAAUAGCCUACAGUCGGGAACGCGAGGCAAAUCUGUCAGUGAAAAAACAGCACGCAGACAAAACAGGCCUUUUGCAAUAUUUCAAAUACAAUCGAGGGAAAACACAGGUUGAAAAGCAAUGACUCUUGCUGAAAAGAUAAGACUAUGCUGUAGACUACCAAAAUAUUUGAUCAAAACCCAAACAUUGUUUUACAAAACAGAGAGAGAGAGAUAGGCUUUUGACACGAGCGCAUCGACAAUCUCCAGCGAGUGAGCUGCGCAUCAUUGGGAUUACUUCCACGUGCAACUGUCAGACGACAAGCAGGUGAGGUACUUCCUGGAGCUGAGCUAUGCUGGUGCCAUCCUUCGGGACAGCUGGGUCCUGACAGACGUUGGCAUCACCCCUAGCAGUGCCAUCUGCUGCCUGCUGAAGGUACCAGCCGAACACCUAGCUGUUUCUACCCGUGCUUGAAAAUGCAUAUCAAACGGGAGCCGGUGGUGCGUGUGUUCAGUGCCGUGAAGGGGGAGACCCUCUCAGUCUUGGGCACUGUGUUUCUCCUGAGUACGUCUGUGGCCAGGCUCAUGACCCUGGUGUCCCAGCAGUGUGGGCUUCCCGUCAGCUCCUUCAGACUGAGCUCUCCCACCGGCCUGCAAAUCUACGACUGCAACCGGCUGCACGACUACGCCAUUGACCUGGGGGCUACUCUACGGUUGGACACCUGGGAUGGGUGGGCGGAGUUCCUCAGAGGCUGCUUCCUGGGACACAGACUGACCGUCCAACGACACCUGUCUAGGGAGAGACCUGUGAUGAGGUUCCAGCUCCGGGUGGCACUCUACAUCGCUGCUUCUCUGGGCCACCUGGACCUGGCCGGCUGGCUGCUGGAGAGGGGGGUGCGUGUCAUUGAGCCGGUGGGGGUUCACCCUUACCGUGAGUGGUGCCACCAGACGGCCCACCCCGACGUCGCCAAGUGUCCCGCUGUCGCCUCCAUCGAGCGCGGCCAGCUCACCAUCCUCAAACUCUUUAUUGCCAGCAGCGUUCUGACCCUUGCCUGUCGGGAUCCCCAGGGUCGCGACCCCCUGAGGAUCGCCCUUCAAUACGGCCACAGGGAGUGUGUGAGUCACCUGGCCACCAAGCUGUGCUCUGUGGUGGUCCUCCCAGGUAUGGCCCUGCCCAUGCGGACAUACCUCCAGAUAAAGGGCUGGGUGAGGCUGGGGCAGAGGAGGGCAGCAUCCAGGCACUGCAUGGGCCUCAACAGGGCUCCGUUCAGGACCAGGGUGGGCGACACGGUCCUGGUGGACGGCUUCACCCUCCCCAAGAUGUCUUCCAAGCCCAGGAGGAGUGAGGCCAAGGCGGGUAUCAGGGUGAUGUCCACAGCCUCUCAAAGUUUGACCCCCAUCAACUGCCCAUCUCAUGUAACCUGCCCGCUCCGCGCCCUGGCAUCCCAGGAUAAACCUCUUCAACUACCGAAGCAACACCCUGUGGCCACGAGUGAUGAAAGAGAGAAGAAGAGGGGAUGUGGAGGGAAGGGAUGUGAGGAGGAUGAGAGUGGGGAUCAGAACAGCAACCAAUGGAGGAGCAGAGUCCCGCUCCCGCCCAUUUCCAGAGACACCAAUCUCAGACCUGUGUUUGCCUCGCCAAACUCCGCCCAGAUACUCACCACCUCACUGGAGGCCUUUUCUCUCCACUGCGACCGCACACCCAGAGAAAACGCCAUAUACUGUUUGGCCUUGGCCAGUGCCUUCACACAGAGACCAUGGUUGCAGCAGCUGAAUGUAGCGCGGACUCUGUCCAGGAGGAGUGCUCAGCACAUUGGGUAGACACCAGGAUCCUGGUCAUUAGGCAGAUUAAACAUACUGAAACAAGGAGGGACAACCUGGAAUUGUCCAAAAAGGAACUCUUAUUUGAGUUUUUAUUUUUAUUUUUUACAGUGAACAAGAUGAGACUUUGGAACGGAUGAUGCCUGAAACAAUGCGGACAACUUAGAAUUUUGUUCCUUUGGAUGAGGCUUAUAGAUAUAGUCAGUACUGUGUUUGAUUUGUGUGCAGAAAGUUUACAACGGCAGGCAGUGGAUUCUCAGUCAUUCCUCUCAAGGAACAAAAAACGUAUCAUAUUUCACUGGCUAUUUGUAGUAGCCAAAUGUGAAUGGAAUUAUUAUUAUUCUAGAAUCAUUCAGUUGACUGAAUGUGACUGUGGUUGUGCUGUAUGUGAUUGUACUGAAUGUGACUAUGUGGUUGUACUGUAUGUGAUUGUACUGAAUGUGACUAUGUGAUUGUACUGAAUGUGACUAUGUGGUUGUGCUGUAUGUGAUUGUACUGUACGUAAUUGUAAGUGUUUGACAUGGGUCUAAUUGAGGCUCCAACCCCCUGCCUUAAAACUCUUUUAUUAAGAUGUGGAUCAUUAUUGCUCAUAUGAGUCUGUGCUGUGUCAAAAUAACAAAUUCUUAUUUACAAUGAUGGCCAAACGCGGACGACGCUGGGCCAAUUAUGCAGCACCCUAUGGGACUCCCAAUCACUUGGGAGUGGGAAGGAUACCAAAUCCAAUAUCACACACUUCUUCCUUAGUAUUCUGAGAACUGUCAGAUAGCUGUGAGAGCUAUGAGUGGAUCGUGGACCCAUGCAUAAAUGAUAACUUUACUGUAACUCAGUGGGGCAAGUAGAACAUCCGGGUUAGUGUAUGUGCAUUAUCUGGACAGUUGAUUGUCUUUGUCUCAAAGCCUUUCCAUUUCUGGGGUAUUGAAGAAGCUUCUGAUCUCAACCUUCUUGACAGGUAAGAAACACUUGGUUAGUGUAUGUGUCUUAUCCAAUGGGUUGUCAGGUGAACGUUGAAGAUGCUUCUUGGAGGUGAUCUAAUGAUGUCAUUGAAUCGCUGUCAUUGAGUUGCUCACUGGACAACACAAUUCACUGAAAAUUAAAUCUGUCUUUCAUUUCACUUAUGUUGAUACUUGAUUGGCUAUUUGCUGUCUUUUGAAAAUCCAAAAAUAAAUAUAACUGUUUUAUGAAGCACUUGUAGACAUUCAUUGUUUUCAAAAUCAUAUUUUCAGCAAAACAGAUACAUACUUUUACAAUAUGACAUCAAAUCAAAUAAAAAUAAAAUAAGUGAUAUGUAAAUGAUUGGCAAAAGGCUCCAACCACCCAAGUCAUAGACUGUUCACUCUGCUACCACACGGCAAGCGAUACGAGAGCACCAAGUCUGGGACAAAAGGCUCCUUAACAGCUUCCACCCCC